GGCAGGCCAAAUGUCCAAGGAAGUACACUUUUCAGUGCUGCCACUUUUUUCAAAAUUAGCUUAAUCUGUCCUCUCUUUUCAGAGUUGUAUUUAGCUAGCUAACUUCUCAAGCGUCUUUUAAUAGCAAAUAAACGAUACACACGGACAUGUUGUUGCCGAGGUUCCGUUUUCUAAGAUCGGUGGCAUCUCUGACAACGAGGGCGUUCUCCCUGGGCCCUGUGUCUCUGCAGGGGAAGGCCCCGGACAUGUCUGAGGGGAAUGCUCACUUGCUAGUGUCAAAUGUGCGCAACCGGCUGAGGGAGAUUGUGGGAGCGUCCACUAACUGGAGGGACCACCAGCAGGCGUUAGCUGACCGUUUGUCGUUGUCCAAUCAGCUGGCUGGUUCUCAAGAUGAGCUUCCUGUCCGCAGGAUGAAGGACAGCUACAUAGAGGUCCACCUUCCCCUGGGCACAGACCCUACCCUUAGAGAGAAAUACCUUAACUACCACAAAGGUGUCAGGUUUGGCCGUAUCCUGGAGGAUCUGGACAGUCUAGCAGUGUUGAUCUGUUACUCUCACACCCAUAACAAGGCACUUCAGAGAUCUCCUCUGUCCAUCGUCACUGCCCUGGUGGACAAGAUAGACAUGAGGAAACAAGUCAUACACCCUGACUGUGACAUCAAGUUCACUGGUCACGUGACCUGGGUGGGGAAGACCUCCAUCGAAGCCAAGAUGCACAUGUCUCAGUACCAUGAUGGGGCCUACACUCCAGUUCUGGAUGCUACGUUUGUUAUGGUUGCCAGAGACCCUGAGAACAAGAGGGCAGCGUUUGUUAAUCCUCUGAAACCAGAGGGGCCUGAAGAGGAGGAACUGUUUCAGCAGGGAGAGAUCAAUAAGACGCGUCGUAUAGAGCUGAGUACAGCGUCUCUACUGAAGGUGGCCCCUACUGCUGAGGAGAGGAAGAUCGUACACAGCCUGUUCCUCAACACCCUGGACACCAAGACAGUGAGUUUCCGUAGCAGAGUUCUGCCUCCUAACUCCGUAUGGAUGGAGGACGCCAAAGUCAAAGGAUUGGAGAUCUGCCAUCCACAGGAGAGGAAUAUCUUUAACAGGAUCUUUGGAGGGUUUCUGAUGAGGAAAGCUUACGAGUUGGGCUGGGCUAACGCAUGUGCCUACGGGGGGUGUCGGCCUAUCCUGGUUGCCGUGGACGAUAUCCUCUUCCAGAAGCCUGUAGAGAUUGGCUCCCUGUUACUGCUCUCAUCACAGGUGUGUUACACAGAGGGGAACUACAUCCAGGUCAGAGUUCAUACAGAGGUUCUUGACCCCCUGACCCGGCAUCACAACACGACUAACGUCUUCCACUUCACCUUCGUCACAGACAAAGACGUCCCCAACAUAGUACCGCAGAGCUACGGAGAGUCCAUGUUGUACCUGGAUGGGAAGAGACACUUUAACCAGACCCUAGAGUCUCAGUGAGACAAGAUGAACCCUGACCCAACGCAACAACUGCCUGCCAAAGCCCUAGUGUCCAGCCACCCCAACCGCCAUCCUUACUGUACGCUGUGUGUGUGUGUGUGUGUAUUUGCAUGAACAAUAUAUCUUCAUUUUGUUUCUCACUAUGUACUAUAUACACUUAGUGACAGUUUAUUACGUACACCCAUCUAGUACCAGGUCGGGACCCCCCUCUGCCUCCAGAACAGCCUGAGUUCUUCAGGGCAUGGAAACGUUUCUCAAUUGCUAUCAAGGGAACUAACGUGUGCCAGGAAAACAUUCCACACACCAUUACACUUCGCAACCAGCCUGUACUGUUGACACCAGGCCGGAUGGGUCCAUGGAAUCAUGCUGCUCACGCCAAAUUCUGACUCUACCAUCAGAAUGAUUCGUCGGACCAGGCAAUGUUUUUCCACUCCUCAAUUAUCCAGUGUUAUUGAUCUUGUGCCCACUGGAGCCGCUUCUUCUUGUUUUUAGUUGAAAGGAGUGGAACCCGGUGUGGUCGACUGCUGUAGUAGCCCAUCUGUGACAAGGACCGCCAAGUUGUGCGUUCCAAGAUGCCGUUCUGCAGACCAAUGUUGUACUGCGUCGUUAUUUUCCUGUUUGUGGCCCGCUUGUUAGAGUCUUGCCAGGCUCCUUUGACCUCUCAACGAGGUGUUUUCACCCACAGGACUGCUGCUGACUGGAUGUUUUUUGUUUGUUGCACCAUUCUCAGGAAACCCUAGGCAAUGUCGUGCAUGAAAAGCCCAGGAGGCCACAGUUUCUGAGAUACAGGAACCGGGGCGCCUGGCACUGACAAUUAAACCACACUCAAAGUUGCUUCGGUCACUCGUUUUGCCCAUUCUAAUGUUCAAUCGAAACAGUAGUGGGAUGCCUGUUUGCCUGCUUUACAUAGCAAGCCUCACACGAUACAAACGCUUACUUCAAAAAGCACUCCUUAAGCCACGCCCCAGUGGGCAGAGCUCAGCAUGUUGCACAGGGACACAGUUAUUAUAAAAAGGAAUAGGAUAAAAAAGACUCACUUUACUAUGGGUCCGUUGUGGUUCUGGGUAGCAGUUAAUUUCGUCUUUAACAUUAAGUCAAAUAUAUUUGAGUAGUGAACAGGAAAACAAUGAGUCCCAGACAAUUCACAAUAGAACAGACCAGGGGGGGGCAUCGUUUACUGCCUAAAUGAUUGGGAUCAUCUGGUUACCAUCUGCGUUUGGAAUACAUUAGAAAUACAGAUACAGGAUAAUUAAAUGACGUUUUCUUUGAAAAGAUGGGUUUGGUUGAGAAUAGAACAUUCCGUUUUCUGCCUGGAGUGUUGCGCUGUUUGGCCCAAUUUGCUCUACUAUUUUUUACUGCCAAUGGCAUUAAAACAAAGCAUAGAUGUCCAUGUAUACUGAUGAUUCAACUAUAUAUGUACGCAUCAGCAACCACAGCUAAUGAAGUCACUGGAACCCUUAACAAAGAGUUGCAGUCUGUUUUGGAAUGGGUGGCUUGUAUUUGUUACAAAUCAUUCCCUAAGUUCUAGACCUCAGCUGAAUCUGGUAACAAAUGGUGUGGCUGUUGAACAAGUUGAGGAGACUAAAUUACUUGGUGUUACCAUAGAUUUUAAACCGUCGUGGUCAAAAGAUAUAUUCAAUGGUUGUAAAGAUAAAGGGAUGUCUGUCCGUAAUAAAGAUAACUGCUUUUUUGAAACCGCAAUCCACAAAGCAAGUCCUGCAGGCCCUAGUUUUGUCUUAUUGUCAUUAUUGUCCAUUUAUAUGAUCAAUGCUGCAAAGAAAGACCUAGUUCAGAUGCAGCUGGCCCAGAACAGAGCGGCACGUCUUGCUUCAUUGUAAUCCGAGGGCAAAGAUUAAUAUUAUGCAUGCCAGUCUUUCUUGGCUGAGAGUUGAAGAUAGUUUGAGGAACAUUAAUUUGUUGGAAAUUCCAAAUUGUUUGCGUAGUCAACUUACACAUAUUUACCCCACCAGACAUGCGACCAGGUGUCUUUUCACAGUGCCCAGGUCCAGAACAAAUUCAAGUAAACGUACAGUAUUAUACAGAGACGAGUGCUUGGAACUCCCUUCCAUCUUAUAUAGUGCAAGUGAACAGCAAAGUUGUUUUCAAAAAACAAAACAACCCCUGACGCCCCCCCCCCCAUGUAACCUACUUGUUGUGUGCAUGUACUGACAUGUGUGUGGAACUGAUAGAUGCACACACACUACAUGUUAAUGUAUGUAGUCUUUUGUCGGUUAAUGGGGAUUCUAAUAAAUCAAACAUCCAUCCCUUUCCUUUAAUCAAAUGAAGGGGAGAGGCUAUGACUAUAAUUGAUGCAGUAAAUUACUUUAUUUGAUAAAACUGU